UCAUUUAUCUUCCUAUUUUUACAGCAAUGGGCGGUGAGGGCGGCUAUAACUUCAGUCUGGUUGGCGUGGGGAGCAGUGUGGGCGGCCGAGAGGUGGUGAACGGACUGCGGGCGUGGGUGCAGUACGCCGUGGUGGUGCGGGCGUAUAACAGUCACGGUGCGGGGCCUCUUUCGCAGCCCGUUGUGGUGCGCACAUUGGAGGAUGUGCCUUCAGCUCCUCCCGUGGGCGUGGAGUGCAGCGGGGGGCGCUGGUGGGUCUUCUCUGGUAGUGAGGUGGGCGCCGCCGUCCCCCGCCCACCACAACGGCCUCCUGCAGGGCUACCGACUCACCCUCACCCGACUCGAUGACUCUACUG